AGCAAAGAAAGGUUAUUAUUAUCUCGAAAGGGUUGUUCAGCCUUCUUCGAAGAACCAGAUAACAAUGGCGGAACCGAUGCUUCAAUCCUGGAUCGAAUCGCCAAAAAAUGGGAAGAUUUUCAGGUGUUUAUGGUCCAGAUUUACGAAAUGGGUCGGUCUGACCCGAGACAGAUCAUAUUCGCUGCUAAAUCGGGUUUGGCACUUGCUUUGGUUUCCACUCUCAUCUUCUUCAAAGAAUCCCUUAGGUAUUUCAGUCAAUAUUCCAUCUGGGCUAUUCUCACUGCCAUCGUCGUCUUUGAAUUCAGCAUUGGAGCAACCCUUAGCAAAGGGUUUAAUCGAGCCAUAGGGACGGUUUCAGCCGCGAUCCUUGCAUUGUGCGUCGCUCAAGCUUCCGUGUGGGCCGGGGCCUGGCACGAAGUUGUGGUGGUCGUAAGCAUUUUUGCAGCAGGUACUAUUACAAGCUUUGUGAAACUCUAUCCAUCGAUGAAGGCGUACGAAUACGGAUUUAGGGUUUUUAUGUUGACGUUUUCUAUAGUUUUGGUGUCGGGCACUUCGCAUUUUUACAGAACCGCGAUUUCCCGAUUAUUAUUAGUUGCGGUCGGGGCGAGCGUAUGUUUGAUUGUAAAUAUAUGUAUCUAUCCGAUUUGGUCCGGAGAAGACUUGCAUAAAUUGGUGGUAAAAAACUUCCGGGGUGUUGCUUCUUCGUUGGAAGGUUGCGUUAGAAGUUAUCUGGAAAACGUCGAAUAUGAAAGGAUACCUUCGAAAAUCCUUGUAUACCAGGCCACCGACGACCCCCUUUAUACCGGAUAUCGAGCCGCAAUAUCAUCUACCGGUCAAGAAGACACUCUGUUAGGGUUUGCGAUAUGGGAACCACCUCAUGGGCGUUACAGAAUGUUCAGAUAUCCAUGGGUUCAAUUCAUCAAAGUUAGCGGUGCAUUGAGGCACUGCGCUUUCAUGGUUAUGGCUAUGCAUGGCUGCAUACUUUCAGAAAUACAGGCAGCAGCCGAACUGAGAUACCUGUUCAGGAACGAGAUUCAGAGAGUGGGGAUCGAAGGUGCAAAGGUACUACGAGAGAUCGGAAACAAGUUGGAAAAGCUCGAAAGACUGAGCCCCGACUUUGACCUGCUCGAUAAGGUGCACGAGGCCGCAGAGGAUUUACAGAUGUUGAUCGAUCAGAAAUCGUACCAUCUCGUGAACAGCGAGAAAUGGGCAGCCGCAAGACGACCGAAAGAAUUCGAGGAUCCCGAGCACCUGCAAGAACUAAAAGAAGAAGAAACCCACAUGUAUACAAUGGGUUCAUCAACAUCCACCUUGAAACCAUCUCAUACUUUCAAGAAUAUCGAUCGCCAUAUCACAAACAUGUCGAUGAAUCCUUCGUUUGCAAACUGGGGUUCCUCCGAAGAUGUACUAAGACAACAGGUACAAUGGCCUUCACGACUCUCGGUUCUUGGAGACGUGAUUCUUAAUGAUCGUGAGGUACGGACUUACGAGAGUGCGAGUGCUCUAUCAUUGACCAAUUUCACAUCGUCGUUGAUCGAAUUUGUUGCACGGCUUCAGAAUAUUUUGAACUCGUACGAAGAGCUUAGCGAAAAGGCGAGAUUCUCAGAACCGAAAAACGAUUUAGAAAAGCCAGAGGAUCGGAGUUUCGGGACAAGAUUGCUCAAAUGCAUAGGCUUGAAGAAUGGUGUCCAUUAG